GUGACCCAGAUGCAGAUCGGAUGAGUUCCAGUCAAAGUCCCCGUAGUCUCUCUCCGAUGCUACAGGAUAGAUAGCGUUUGCAGUAAAUGGCACUCUUGCUUAUGGCACCAGUCAAACCCGGUUGAGUGUCGCCAUGAAACGCACAGCAAAUCCAAGCCGCAAUCGAUUCUCCCACGCUACCAUUACUCAAAUUAGGCCGUGCCAUCCGGCGCUGUAGUCUUGCGUGUCCAUCAAGGCACGCUUCGUGACGAUUUCGAGGGUACAGAACACUUGUACGACGAGUUUCGAAUCUGUUGUUGUUGUUGGUGUUGUUGUUGUGUGACGUCUGUUUCCGUUGGAGAUUCCUCCGGUUGUCGUCGUCGUGUGCAACUGUGGCCAACAUGCUUGCGUCCGUGUUCUCGCCUCGUGUGGUUGUGGCCAGAGACGGUGCCUUGCGUUGCGAUAGCUUGUCGGUAGGGAGAGUUACUGGGCUGGGAUUGGUUUGGAAGGAUAGGGGGAGGUUUUCGGAAGGGAAUGUGGGUUGGUGUGGGCGCGUGGAGAGAAUUGACCGUGAUGGUGAACUGGGAACGAGGAGGAGACGAGGCUGGGCUGUUGCCGCGGAGGGAGAUGAGUCUAGGGAGGUCUUGGAUGUUGGGCGCGACCAGGAGGCUUCGACCAAGAGCUUAACAUCAUUUUGGAAAGAUUGGCAGAUGAGUUCAGGAAAAUUGCGGGAGAAAAUCACGAAGUUGGGCCGGGCUGGUUUGCUUGCUUAUGGUCUAUUCAAUGGCAUCACAUACACCACGUUCUUUUUCAUUGCAUUCCUGGCCUUUGAGAAGAGCACGGGACAAAAUCCUGCGAACAACCUAAAAGCAUGUCUUGGCGGAAUGAUAUCGAUGUGGACGGGGAACAAUUUCACGAGGCCUUUGCGGGUUGCUGGUGCUGCUGCUCUCGCCCCGUUCAUGGACAAAGUAUUGAAGAAGACGCAGAAGACCUUGAAGUUGCAAGAUGAAGCAUCUGCGUUUCUUUUCCUGGUCAUCUUGUUGAUUGUGCUCUGCGGCUCAGCAGUAGGCCUCUUGAUUCUAUCUCGGAUGGGCACUGGGCAGAUGAAAUUCAACUGACGAACUGGCCUUUCUAUGAAGAUAUUCAAUCCCUCACAUUCAUCGCCACAGUAUGUGGCUAGUCUCAACGCCCUGUCACUAAAGCACUGAAACACUAUUCAUACACAUCUCUCCUCUGAAUCAGUAUGGUUUGUUAGUUCUUUUACAUUCAUCAUGAGCCGCACAUUUGCAGCGUCUUAUCGCUGAUUCGCUGAACUACACACGGCGUCUGCAGUUGCAAGGGACACUGUUAUUAUUGUAGAAUAGGCUCUGGUUUUGGGCAUUGAGAGCCUACCAAGCUGUGUUGAAGAUUAUUCACGAUGACACGCAGCUGCAGAGGUCGAGUUCCGUUUCAGAAUAAGCAACAUCAUGAAAUUAUAAACCUUCGUCGUGUUUUUAACCUAUAUCGCGACUUCUUCCUCUAGUUGAAAUCUUACCCUGUUGCUUGUUCUGAAAUGGACCUGAGAGUGGAACUACAUGAGGCAACGCUGGUGGGCACUGUAGGGGCAUAUAAAUUGAGAGUCAACACUCUUGUGAAGGGUGGAUGGUUCUGUUUUGUAGCAUAUGAAGCACAAGUGACCGAUUCCAGCCUUUGAGGUACAUUUUUAGGUUAGAUACUUGCUCACACGUCCUGUUUAAUCGUUUCUUUUGCAGCAAAUACCAUCAGAAUAAAACACGAAAUGACUCGCUAUUUCAAAACAUAAAUGCCGUUCAGUUUAAUUGAAGACGUCAGCUUAUCCCCUAUCGAGUCUGUACAAAAGGAGAUACACUUGUGGUGAAUGGAAUGAGGUUGCCGACUGCUGAAGAAUAAACGAAGACUUUUACUCUUCCAGAAAGUGGAGUAACCUUUCUGGUCCAGA